AUUAGGGUUUAUAUAAUUCUUCAAUAAAAUUUCAAUAAUUAGUUUAGUCAACCACCUGAAUCCCGAUCCAUUGUUUAUCCUGCUACUAAAUUGCCGUCAAAAUUGUUGUCAUCAACAAUUGAUUUCACUGUUCUUGGUUGUCUCGUUGACGCUGAUUACUUGUGGCCGACGAUAUUUAGGUUUCUGGUGAAUACGUGAUGGAUUCCCUUACGAAGAAUUAUCAAGGCAAGUUUCGGGAGGUGAGAGAGAAAAUGAGCAUAUGGGAUGAACUCCAGACUCGGUUGCUUUUACAAUUCCAAAAUGCUUCAGCCAUCAUCGGCAGGUUGCAGGUUAUUCAAAACCCUGCUAAAUAUGGUGCUCUUAAAUUCAUUGGAGGCAUUGAAAAUGCAGUCACACGGAAGCAGAUGGAAACUCUGGAAAACAUCUUCAAUUCUAUGAAGAAGACUAUAGAGGAAUUUCAUGGAAUAGUUGUGUGGCUAGAGAAGAAUGCUCGUCAUGGUAAACACUUGAUCAAGGGUGGAUCUAUUAAGGCAACUCCAAAGCAGCUGCAACAACGAAUAGGAUUAAAGCCAUCUAUUGCAGAUUGCUUAGAUGGGUUACAGAAUCUUCAUGAAAUGCAUCUAGCAGAAUACUCCCUGAAAACAUCAAUCGUAACAACAAUUUCUGAUAUAACCUUGAAACUCAGUGCCUCUGACUUAAAUGCUAUGCAGAAACUAUUGUCUGAUCAACCAAACAUUCCUAAAGAAGAAGGUAUGCACACAAGUCAUAGAUUUAGUUUCAAUUUUAAAAAGAGUAAAUAG